GAAGGAGGAGUCGUUUUGGCUCAUCCACUUAAAAAAACACAUCAACGAAAACAAUGGUAGUUCUUCUCAGCAAAGUCUCGUUGUUCUCCUGCUGCAACAUCGCUCCAAAACCAUCUCUCUCGUCACUCCCUACUUCUCUAUCUUCUCGCAAUUCUCAUUAUCCCCUUCGUUACUCACAGGAAGGAAAAGAAGUGGUUAGUCCUUUGAAAAGUGUGGUUUUGUCAUUAGGAGAAGAGGUUUCAAAGAGAAGUCUACUUGCACUUGUCUCUGUUUCUCUCUUCUUUGUUGAUCCUGCUCUUGCUUUUAAGGGUGGAGGUCCUUAUGGACAAGGAGUCACCAGGGGACAGGACUUGUCUGGCAAAGAUUUCAGUGGCCAGACUCUCAUCAGGCAGGACUUCAAGACGUCUAUCCUAAGGCAAGCUAACUUCAAGGGUGCAAAGUUGUUAGGUGCUAGCUUCUUUGAUGCAGAUCUAACAGGUGCUGAUUUGUCUGAAGCUGAUCUCCGAGGUGCAGAUUUCUCCUUGGCAAACGUAACAAAGGUGAACUUAACAAACGCUAACUUGGGAGGAGCGACUGCUACUGGAAACACAUCAUUCAAGGGAUCAAACAUUACAGGCGCAGACUUCACUGAUGUCCCUCUAAGAGAUGAUCAACGAGAAUACCUUUGCAAAAUCGCAGAUGGGAUUAACGUGACCACUGGGAAUGCAACGCGGGACACAUUGCUGUGCAACUAAAACUGUGAAAUGUAAAGCUUUGGAUUGUGGGAGUCUUCUUCAUCUGGUUAUUUUCAAGAGGUUUGACCAUUGUUAAAGCUUUUUUUGCAGGUUGCUAUAGAGGAUAUAUGUGUAUAUAAUCUACUUAAUUUCAAGCUUGUUCUUGAGAUAUUAUGUAUGCUUUAACUUCCACAUGCUCAGUCUCCGUGGAGGUGAUUACUUGUUUUUGAUUUACCUUUAUUUAUUGGUGUGAAUCACAAGUAUUGGAUUAUGGGAGUCUUCUUCAUCUGAUUAUUCUUUAGAGGUUUGAACAUUGUUAAAGCUUUUAUUUGUGCAUGUUGUUGCAGAGAGUGUGUGUAAUAUAUAACUAAUCUCAAGCAUAACCUUUGCGAGAUUAUGUAUGUUACUUAA